AUGAAAUUUUCAUUCUUGAAACAUAAUUUAACCGAGCUCAUUAAUAAGGCAGAACAACUAGAUUCGCCAAGCUCUAUUAUAAAGAAAUUCGGGCCUUACCUAAUGACUAGUUUAUUUAAUCAAAAAUUAUAAGAGAGUCAGGAAGUCAUUAAUUACAUGGAGAGGAAUAUUGAUAAAAGUACAUUCAUUCGAAACUUUACACACGAUCCUCAUGCUAAAAAUUGGAGAACUAAUUAUAGGAAAUCAAUAGAAAGUUUAGCUUGUUCAAUAAUAGUUGAUAAUCACAAUAUCAUUGAUAAGCAUUACGCAAAUACAUUAAAGGAAGAAUAAAUUACUUUAGCAGAGGCACUACCAUUAGCGUAUACUUUAGUUAUUCAAAAAUUAAAAAAGUGGAAUAUCAUAAAUGAAUAAGAAGUCUUGCAAAGAUUAAACUACUUACUCACUACAUAUAAAUAUGAACAAUAAAAGAUGAAUAUAAACAUUCUAUAUCAAAAAUACUUCCUAUCUGAUCUUGGAUUGCAUUAUCCAGAAUUUCUAGCUUAUUCAUAAGGUAAGAUCUUUUGUACAGAACUGCCCUUAGAUUACUUUAUAGGAUAAAUGAAAACAGAGUAUACUGAUUUCUUUAUAGAAAAUAACUCUUUGAUUGAUUUAAAGAUAGGAGAUUCAGUGUAUGUAUUUAUGUACCCAGAGGAAUUUGAAAAUUAAAGUAUUAAAGCAUUUUUGUUAAAAUAUGUCAGAAUCAAGAGACUGUAAGAAUUCUACUCUAAUAUUCAUGUUGUUUGGUGUUAUAAAGGAAUGAAAAAAGAAGAGUUAAUUGAUGCAAUUAGUGUCUGA